AUGGGGAAGCAGACCGUCUUUGCAAGACCAAGGGCUCACACGACCACCGGAACCACCAAGCACCAGCAGCCCCACGAAUCGCCUCGGCCCAAUCAGCACAGUCAACGUCUGGCAUACGGCUCUGCUGAUAAUCUGCACAUCCCUGGCAGUGCUAGUUCUCAGCGCGAGCCCAAGAGAAGCUACACAAUCGCCAGCCGCGGCCGUAAUGCUGCCCAUACAUCAAAGCGAUUAAGCCCGAUCGCUGACAAGCGGCCGCCCGCUCGUGAUGCCCUGGGGCGUUCACACCAUCCGCUCAAUGAGCCCCCGUGGAACGAGAUGAUCGGGGUUGCUCUGAGUAGUCCAACCGUGGAUCUAUUCCCUGUGCCACCGCGCACCCAGACUACUCCCGCAGGCAACAGGAGCACCUCCGCACCCCCAAGUAGAAGGGAGCUACACUUUAUGGCGCGUGCCCAAGCUUGUUCUAGCGCGGCACCAAGUACUGUAUCGAGUACCAUAUCCAAUACUGUGACUUCCAAAAAGCCGUCGCUUCAGCGGAAACCAAGUAAAUGGAAGAAGCUCGGAGGCUUGUUUCGCGCAAAGCCCGUCGAAUCUCCCCACAACGAGUUCUUCUAUCAGGUCCAAGUUAACGACAAGCCUCUCCGCCCCGCAAAGAGUCCUAAUUUUCAGCCUCAGAUAUUCACCGGCAACCAAUAUCCAUCCAACUCGUUAGACGCGAUCAAUUCGACCACAAGCCUGGACUCCCGUAGUCAAGCACGCAACGGUCACCAUCGUCACCACCGCCAAUGUACAGCCAACAGUUCAGAUCCCGUUAGCCGCCCGCCGCUGGACUUGUGUCCGUCUUCAAAUAGGUCUCAAUCCUCCAACGAAUCUCCCAAGCCGUCCAAAAAGAGGACUCCUGCCAAGUUGAUUAAGAAUGCUGAAAUUCGAAGGUACUGGAGUACAACAUCUGAUGAGCCAGAGUCGGCACCCGAUCUUCUACAGACCUCGAAAACAGGCUCCCCAUUUCUCUCCGUGGAUAUACCAAACAUUGAGAUGGAGAGAUACAGUGUCAUGUUUGGUGGCCUGAUUGAUAACACAACGCCAUCUUUAUUGGCGAGGAGGAGUAGAGCGUUGAAUAAAUUGAAAAUUCCCGAUAGAGAGGAUGAUGAUCGCCCCUUACCUCCCCCAAGACGUGCAACCUCUCCAGGACCAGGCAAAUCACCAGUUUUUUCGCUAUUCCCAUCUACCCCUACGGAUAAGCAGUCGAAAAUUCUAGGGUCGUAUUGUCUUCCUCGCCAAUCUCACCGCCAGAAGAGAUCCAACACCCAUCCUUCACCCCACAAUCUCUUCGACCGUUGGCAUCACGAUACCAAAGGUGAUCCGGAUUCUCCAAAUGAGUUGAUGCCGCCCUUUUUCGCGGCAGCAGAUGAGGCUAGUGACGGUUCUGUGUAUUCACCGACAAGCUACGAUGCAGAGUCUGAUAAAUACCUCAACCCUGUACGUUUACAAGUCAAUCCCCCAGUUAAACUUGCCGAACCACACUGGGAGAUGGUCACACCAGCACAUAAAACGGGCGAAAAUAAACCGAGAAAUCGCUAUCCACUGUUGAGCCCAACUCCAAGCAUGAAUAUGCCUGUCUCGAACCACCAAGACUGCCAGACGAGCUUCAACUACACUAUAACACCAGCGACCUCCAAUCAAAAUACCGAAAAUCAUUUUUCGACCUCACAUCCUGCUCGAACUGAUUCAUAUCGACCUAGAACUGCCAACUCUCCUCCCACCAUCACCCACAAACAUGAUUUAUCCAUGGAUUCGAUUACUGAUGACCUCCAAAACGAACUCCACACAGCUAAAAUAUCCAUCGCGCGCUCUGUCUCUUUGAGCAAGGGGCAGAAAAAAGUUUUGGUCCCCGUCGGCGCAAGAACUGGGUUCCUGCGACCUGGUGAGCGAUUUGUUGAAAAAUCCGCAGGUAUUCCAACACAACUUGCGGUACAAAAGGGCCAUCAUUACGGAAAGUCGAGAAACGCCCUGAUCGAGAAUGCCUAG